AUGCCCUGGGGAAGCAUAACCCUCAACGACGGAACGUCUGCGCCGAGCGUCACAUUUGGUACAUGGAGGCGAGGCAACGGGCCGCAGACCAUCGAUCUUGUUGAACUUGCCAUCGCCACCGGGUUCACCCACAUUGAUACCGCGCAGGUGUACCGCAACGAAGAGGAGGCAGGUGUGGCGAUCCGCGCUAGCGGUCUCGCACGCUCUGACCUGUACAUCACCACGAAAGACUCUGGCAAGACCGACAUCGACACUGCUAUCCGGAACAGCCUCAGAUUCUUAGGUGUCGAUUAUGUCGAUCUGUAUCUGAUUCAUGGGCCUGAUCUCGCCGUACCCGAUAUUCCUACUAUUUGGAAGAAAGUGGAAGACAUUCACGAACAAGGAUUUGCCAAGAGUGUCGGCGUUAGCAACUUCAACUUCAGAGAGCUCAAGAUCCUGCUUGCCUCAGCCAAGAUCAAGCCUGUAGCGAACCAGACAUAUAUCUCGAUAAACCGCGCCAUUUGA